GCUGAACUGACCGGGAUAUGCAACAUGCACAACGCCACUGCUGAAACUCUGCAUACGGCUGGAACAUGUAACGCAACUUUAUCCACAGAGCCACCGGGCUCCCAGUUUUCACUGGGAGUGCUGGUGCUGCUGGCUUUCCUCAUGGUGUUGCUAGCUCUGAUCACCAUCCUUGGAAAUGUUCUGGUGAUCCUUGCUUUCAUCAUGGACAGAAACCUGAGGCAUCGGAGUAACUACUUCUUUCUCAAUCUUGCUAUUUCUGACUUUGCAGUGGGUGCGUUCUGCAUGCCUCUCUACAUCCCUUACAGCCUGACGGGGAAAUGGCACUUGGGAAGAGGUGUCUGCAAGCUCUGGCUAAUUAUGGACUACCUCCUGUGCACGGCUUCAGUAUUUAACAUUGUCCUUAUCAGCUACGACCGUUUCCUGUCAGUUACUAAAGCUGUGUCUUACAGAGCCCAGCAGGCAAUAAGGUCCAACCCUGGCAUCAAGAUGGUGGCCAUCUGGGUCUUUGCCUUCCUCCUCUACUGUCCGGCAAUCCUCUUCUGGGAGCACGUGGCCGGCUGCAGCGUCGUAGCGGCAGAUCAGUGCUACGCCGAGUUCUUCAACAACUGGUACUUCCUCCUGUGUGCAUCCACCCUGGAGUUCUUCGUGCCGCUGCUCUCGGUGACCUACUUCAACGUGCACAUCUUCUACAACAUCCAGAGGCGCCAGCGGCGUGGCAGCGUGCAGCUAAAAUCUGAGCCCCCGAGGAGCGGCAGCCUGUCCUGGAGAUUUUGCUUCUUGCCAAGGCCAGGAUCAUCUUCACCUCCAUCGGAAGCAGAGGACAGUGUUUCUUCCUCCACAAGGCCAAAGAAAGAGUCUUUGGUAACUGAGAGCUUGUCUCCAUUCAGAGGCAAUUCUGUAACCCCAGAAAAUGACUUAUCUUUUUCUUUCUGUGCAAGAGCUAGGUCAAAGCUGCAGCAAGACAAGAAAAUAGCCAAGUCACUUGCCAUAAUUGUGUGUGCCUUUGCCAUUUGCUGGGCCCCUUACACUUUACUGAUGAUUAUUCGUGGGGCCUGCCAAGGAAAGUGCAUCCAUAACUCCUUGUAUGAAAUCACUUUUUGGCUUUUGUGGAUCAAUUCCUCUUUGAAUCCAUUUCUCUAUCCUCUCUGUCAUGUUAAAUUUCGAAUGGCUUUCAUGAAAAUACUAUGUCCCAAAAAGUUUGCAACACUGAGAUCAGACUCUUUUUAG